AAAAAAAGCUUACAUGUUACAUAAAAGAGAGAGGUGCAAUCCGUAAACCAGUUUCACUGUCGGUACUCGAUCCUAACUGAGGUAUUUUUUUUUUCACACAUGCUCGUGAUUGCUCCCUCAUCCACGUUCUAUUUCUUCAAAUUUUGCCUGAAAAAAAGGUGUAUUUGAAGUUUUGAGUUUGUAUGUGGAGCAGAGCAGUUAUUGUGUUGUUUGCUUCGAGUUGCACUUGGGCCGAUUUGCAGCUUCAUUUUGUGCUGUUUAAAUAGUUAGAUGGAUCCAGGGUUGUGUUUGGCUGUUUGAAGCUGAUGGUUGGAAUGUUUCCUCAGUUUUGCGGUUGCCACUUGUUAGAUCAAGUAGUUUGAUGCUAUACUAUACUAUUACUAUGUGCCUUCUCUUUGGCUGCAUCCUCAAUGUGCCUUUCUUAAGGGCACCAAGUGCUCGAUGAAAUUCCCCAAUGAGAAUCAUAUGAUAUUUUUAAACCUGAGCACGUACCUACCAAUGGCUAUGAGCUAAAAGAUCUUCGUUUCAUUAGGCAUGGCGACCCAAGUUAUUAAAAAGAUAACUUCCAGCAGCCCUCAUUCACUUCUUUCUCACCGCUCCAAGACAACCUCUUCUCAGUAUGUAGCUUCUAGGUUUCGAGACGCCACUUUCGAAAAGUUCAUGGACCAUUACAAAAACCUCCUUAAAGUCAUCUCCAUUCAAGAUCUUAUUCUCGCAAACCCGAGCAACAACCCACCCCCUGUCUCAGUCGAUUUCCUCAACCGCCUCUCUCAAAAACUCCACCUCAACCGUGGCGCCACUGCGUUUUUACGUAAAUACCCCCGCAUAUUCGAAAUCUAUUACGACCCCGCACUCUCUAAACCUUGUUGUAAACUAACGCCAACCGCAAUGCAAAUAUCAAAAGACGAAUCCACUGCUAUUAACGACACUCACCCUCUUGUCAUUGACCGUUUGACCCGGCUUCUUUCCAUGUCGUUAUCAAAGACACUGCCACUUAGAGCAAUUUUUAAAGUGUGGAGAGAACUUGGUCUUCCGGAUGACUUUGAGGAUUCGAUUUUAUCCCAAAAUCCGCACCUUUUUAACAUUCUCGAUGCACAUGAACCCAAUACUCACUUAAUAAAGCUCGUUACAACACCUAGUCAUGAAAAGUUAACCGCUGCUGUAGAAAAUUGGAGGAUUACGGAGUGUUGUAAAGACGAUUGUAGCGUUGACAGGACGGAAAUGAGGUUUAGUUUUAAACACGGUUAUCCUCCAAGUAUGAAAUUAAAGAAGAAUUUACGGGCUAAAGUUAAAGAAUGGCAGAAAUUGCCGUACACCGGGCCGUACGAGGAGUUAACAAGCGUUAAGAAGAGAUCUAAAACUGGAGUUAUGGAAAUUGAGAAACGAGCGGUUGCGAUUGUUCAUGAGUUCUUAAGUUUGACUGUGGAAAAGACGGUUGAAGUUGAGAAGAUUAGUCAUUUUAGGAAAUGGUUUGGGAUUGAUUUGAAUGUGAGGGAUCUGUUCUUGGAUCAUCCGGGAAUGUUUUAUUUGUCGACAAAGGGUAAACGGCACACGGUUUUUCUCCGGGAAGGUUAUGAGAGAGGGUGUUUGAUUGAGCCGAAUCCUGUGUAUGUCGUCAGGAGGAAGCUUCUAGAUCUUGUAAUAUUGGGGAGACGUGGUUUGCGUUCGGAUGAUUAUAAGUUGAGCUCAAGUGAGAGCGAAGAGGAGGAUGAUGAUUAUCUACAAGAGACAGAAAAUGACCAAGGUGAGUCACAUAAUUAUAGAACUCAUUUAUUAGUCGGAAGAUGAAGAUGAUGAUGGUUUAGGCAGCAAAAGGAAUUCUGUCAAACAUAUGUCCGAAGUGCAGAAAGAAAAUCAGUCGUUAACGAUCCUUGAACCCAUUUUUGGUUUAGGUGACUCAGAAGACCUUAUCAACUCUAUCUUGAAUUAUUAAAAUUCUAUCAUGAACCAUCUCGUUAUGUUAAACAUGUAAAGAAAACCUCAUGAACCCACCAUAGUCGUUGGGGGAUCCAUUGACCCUCUACUAGAAUUUUUUUGUUAGUACGGAUAUCUAACCAGAAACUUUCUUGUGUUUUGACCAUUCAAA